AUGUCGCUGCAAUUUCUGCUCAACUCGGAGGACAGUGAGGACCGGAGCGCAGAGUGGUAUCUCGCCAACACACGAGUCGAGACGGACGUAUACGGCUACAGCAGAGGACACGGCCACGGCGACAGCAGCACAAGCACAUCCACAUCCACAUCUCUGGGGUCGCGCGCCCCAACAUCCCCAGUCAGCAGGCAAUGGACGCCGUUGAAGCCGGGAUCCAGCCACUCGACAUGCGGCGGCCUGUCGCCGGGCAGCGACCAAGGCGGCUAUCCCACGUCGCCGGCCUCGUCCAUGGGUCGAUCUCACUCCAGCCGGCUCUCGCUGCGGCGACUCUCCCGAGCCGUCAGUCUCGACGACGAAGACUCGGCCGACGACGAGACGUGCGAGACGGUCUGCUACGGCAUGGAGACCUAG